AGCAAAGUGAAAUGUUACUUAUGAAAAGAGGACUUAGACAACAUUUAUUUAUGUUACAAGCUUCAUUAAGAUAAAGAAUCAAGGAUAAAUUACCUAAAUAGAAAUAAGUUUAGAUGAAUGCGACUAAAGAAAUUAUUGGAUAUCAGAUCAAAUUAUUAAAUGAAGAAUAAAAUUUCCUAAAAAAUAUUAUUGAUAAACUACCUACCUUCUAUGGUUUAUAUCUAAUAAUUGGAGAUAUGAUAUUUGAAGAUCAUAGCUAUGAAGAAGAAGAUAAUAUUUCAAAUCUUGAAAACCCAUGUAUUGGUAUGAUGGGUGCAUUCCUCCAUAAAUGUUUUAGAAAUAAUAAUAAUAACAAUGAUAAAUGUAGAUUGCAUAUGACAUAUAAAAUAAAUUUAUAAAUAUUGUCCUGA